CAGUUCACACAUGUUGUUUUGGCUAACCACACUCAUUUCCAAUUUCCAUUUUGUUUCUGUUUAAUACCGUGCAUAAUUUUAUAUCAGACGAGUCACUAUGGGGAAGAAGAAUAAAGAUUCACUCGGGCGAGCACUUAUUAAAGAUAGAUUUGCUAAAAAUCGACAUCGCAGACAUGUCGAAGAUAACACGAUGCUCCACACAACUGAAAUUAACGAUGGAUAUGAAUGGGGACGUCUGAACUUGCAAUCUGUGACAGCGGAGUCAUCUCUCCAAGAAUUCCUCUCCACAGCUGAGUUAGCUAACAGAGAGUUUAUAGCGGAGAAGCUGAAUGUUAAAUAUGUCAAGUCAGCACCCUGUGAAGUAGAAAUAGUUACAUCACAGCCAGAUUUCGAUGAACCUCUGACUGUUCCAAGGAGGCCAUCUUGGAAACCAGGCAUUACAGCGGAAGAACAAUUGACCAGAGAAAGAGAUGCUUUCUUAGACUGGAGGAGGCAUUUAAACGAACUUCAAGAAAAACUUGGUGCAGCUGUCACACCUUAUGAGCGGAAUCUAGAACUAUGGAAACAGUUGUGGCGUACUUUGGAGAAAUCUGAUAUUGUUCUGAUUUUGUUGGAUGCAAGGAAUCCUUUAUUGUUCAGGUGUAGUGACUUGGAAAGAUAUGCGGCUGAACAAAAGUGUAAAUGUAUAUUGUUGCUGAACAAGGCUGACUUGACAACUGAAUAUGUGCGUAAAUGCUGGGCUGAUUACUUCAAUAAAGAGAAUAUCACCAUAAUAUUCUUCUCGGCCGCUAAAUCUACAGUAAGCAAGGAAAGGAAGAUAUCCGAAGAAAAUGAAACAUCAGUUUUAGAGGAACAAUUGAUAGACUCUGGUGCUGAAACUGGGGAUUCAGGUGAAGACAGUGAUAUAGAAAAUCCUAACUCUCUAAAUGAUACACAAGAUGACAUUGAAAUUUUUAAAAGACAAAUUGGAGAGAUUGAUAAAGCAGUAAAUAGUACUGCAAAUAAAGUACAUGCAAUACAAGAAGCUUUGGAUAGAGUAAUGGAAAAUUUGAGAUUGGGGAAACCGAUUUUACCAUUUCAAAGUAAUAGGGAUAUAGUUACUAAAGGUGCAGCUGGCAGUCAAGCUGAAGAAGUUACAAAUGAAAAUGAAAGUGAAAAAAUUAUUUCAGAAAGUCCAAUAAGUAAUCCAGCUGAAAAUGAAGGUACACAUACAAACAAAGAUACAGUACAAAAUUCACAUGAAAUAUAUGAUAGAGAUAAGCUGUUACAAGUACUUAAAGAACAGAAGUUGGACAAAUUGAAAAAUCCUCCUAGAGUAACAGUAGGAAUGAUUGGUUAUCCUAACGUUGGAAAGUCAAGUUCUGUCAAUAUUCUGAUGCAAACUAAGAAGGUGAGCGUAAGUUCUAUGCCAGGUCACACGCGGCACAUCCAAUCACUGAUUUUGGACGAAGAUAUAGAGUUAUUGGAUUGUCCUGGCCUAGUGUUACCGGCUUAUGCAGUGGCUCCGGAUCUACUUUUAACUGCUGUCCUGCCUAUUGACCAGAUGCGGGCUCACGAGGCGGCGAUGGCUAGACUGUGUGAACUAGUAGGGCGACAUACUUUCGCGAAGAAAUACGGCUUGUUGCUUCCCGAGUACGAAGGCAGUGAGCUUGAAUAUAAGAAGAUACUCACUGCGCAUGCGUUCAACAGAGGCUUCAUGACGGCAGCCGGCCAACCGGACCAGUCACGUUCAGCUCGCCUUUUCCUCAAGGACGCGGCAAACGGUCGCCUGCAGUGGGAACAGCUCCCGCCGGGAUAUGAACCCGCACCCGUCGACCAACUUAUUGAAGAGAAGAAGAAUGAAACGCGGAAGCCUACGCCCAGGGAGUCUCGGGCUGUUGAGGGAUGGUUGAACAAGUCUACUGAAAUUGACAACACUUUCUUUGCAAUGAAGAAAAGUACGGCGCAUGUCCAAGGAAAACCAGUUUUAGGGAUAACGAGAGAAACAAACGCGCAAGUGGCGGGUAAUUCAGUCAUUGGCAAACCGUGGAAACAGGAAAAGAAACACGCCAACAAAAAGAAAAGAGAGAAACUUCGACGUGUGUACGCUCAUUUGGAUGAACACUAAUAUUAACCUUGUAAUUUAAAUCAUCCUAAUUAUAUUAUAGUUAUUUACCUUUUAUUUUAGGACUAAAGUCCUUUCUAAGCAAUUUUGAUUGUUGAAAACAUAUAAAGACCAUUUUUAUAAAUACAACGUUAUUAAGUUAUGCAGUAUUUUAUCACGCUUUCGCAUUUGGAAGGUUCAGUCAGUUGAAGUGCCGACAGAACACUGCGUAAAGUACUGCCACGUUUAUUUGUAAAGAAUGAUUGCAUUCAUGAGAUGUAUUUUUUGUUAAAUAUGGAAAUUGUCUUUAGUUCAGACUGAAAAAAAGGCAUGUAUAAAUGUAAUUAAGUGAAUAUUACAAAAAAAUGCUCAUGCAUUUUUAGAUUAAAACAAAUGUUAAGAUUGUUAACGCUGUGGUAUUUAACUAAAAGUACGUGAGUUUAUCAAGGAUUUACUAGCGUAAAUUUUUUCUGCGCACUGCUUCUGUAAUCGAUAGACUUAAUCUUACAGAUACAUUGCACAAAGAAAAUUUACGCGAGUGGAGCUCUGUAAAAUGUAAACAAGACAAUACAACGUUGGACUAUUUGUGGCUAAGGAGGCGGGGCUUGCUAGACGUCCUCCCAGGGGCGUGUCUUUUGGGCAGGGUUUUGGUAACCUUAAGCGAGUGGUCCACUCGUCUCAUAGCACUGAAACAAACGUUUUCCUUAUUUCACAUGAUAUCAAUAUCAUGAUACCACAUUUCGUUGCUUUAAUUAGAGUCGAUAUUUUGUGCGAAGGCCAUAAAAUGGGUCAAUAUUUGAAAUGGUAUAAAACCGAACAAAAUUAUUUUAAUGUGGGGGCGAUGACUGGGUUGAUUGACCGUGUUCGAUCAUCUAUUUAGCUUCGAGCGGUAAUUCUUAGAUUUUUGAGGACUCUUUAUACCCAUGUGCAAGUAACCGAUUAAAGAGCGGUUUUAUAUACAUUUCCGACUAAACCAUUCGAACAAGCAAAACGCUUAAUAUGUCAUGGCCAAACGAUGCUCCUUUCAAUAAAUUACACUAUAUCUGCUUCGAAUUUGUAUCUAUUUUAAAAAUAAAGGGGUGGGUGACAUGCCGGGUGAAAACGCUGGGUUGUGGAGACCCCAAUUUUAUUCCCAACUGAAACCAUUAGUGUUAAUUUUCAAAAAAUAAACUUUUAUUUGUUUUCUCAAUAAGACGUUGUAUAAUAUCAGCUUUGAAUUUGUAAUUUUAUUACUAAUGUAUCAAGCUAGAUUAGACAUGUCACGUUUUCACAAGUGCAUAUAAUGAGUAUUAUUGUCGGUAAUUAUAUAAAAUCGGAGUACAAAUAAAAAUACCUUAUUUCUACAAUACACAAAUUGCAAUCUAGCCUAAAAGUAAGCGUAGCUUGUGUUAUGGGUACUAAGAUAACUGAUGAACAAUUUACGAAAGUAUAUAAUAUGCAUUUUAAUACUUAUAAUAUAAGAUGAACACUUGAAAAACAUUCAUGUUCAUCAGACUAACUUUUUUCAGUUGUGGGAAUCGAACUCACAGAAACAAAUUGAAGGGUUCUGCCAACUACACACAUUAUUAAAUUUGCCCCGGGUCAAUAUAACCCCAGCAUCGUUGGUGCCUGGUUAGGAUUAUUUAAAAGUAAAAAGCUGAAAAAUGUUUCUCGUGGAUUUAUUAUCACAUAAUGUAUUGGAGUGUAACUAAAAAAUGUCUUUGAAUACCGGCCAAAAUAUAUUCAGUAGUACACUAUUUAUUCAUAUUCAGUUUCAUUUAUGAUAAUGUAAAGGGAUUCAUAAUAUAAUAAACUUACCAUCUUUA